CCAGGUCCCUCCCCCUUGGCGGGCGCUCACAGGCGGCGCGGGCAGCGCAAGCCCCGGAGCCCCGGAGGCCUGUGCGCCCUGAGCCGGCAUGGACCCCGAGCACUGCGCGCCUUUCCGCGUGGGGCCUGCACCCGGCCCCUAUGUGGCCUCGGGGGACGAGCCUCCGGUCCCGCAGGGAACCCCCGCCGCUGCGCCUCACCUGCACCCCGCGCCACCCCGAGGCCCGCGGCUGACCCGCUUUCCGGCCUGCGGGCCCCUGGAGCCCUACCUCCCAGAGCCGGCCAAGCCGCCCGCCAAGUACCUGCAGGACCUCAGGCCCGGCCCGGCGCUCAACGGCGGCCACUUCUACGAGGGCCCCGCGGAAGCCGAGGAGAAGACCUCCAAAGCUGCCAGCUUCCCCCAGCUGCCCUUGGACUGCCGAGGGGGCCCCAGAGACGGGCCCUCUAACUUGCAAGGCUCCCCAGGCCCCUGCCUGGCCAGCCUGCAUCUUCCUCUUUCCCCGGGACUCCCUGAUUCCAUGGAGUUGGCCAAGAACAAGAGCAAGAAGCGUCGUAACCGCACGACCUUCAGCACAUUCCAGCUGGAGGAGCUGGAGAAGGUCUUCCAGAAAACCCACUAUCCUGAUGUGUACGCCCGGGAGCAGCUGGCCCUGCGCACAGACCUGACCGAGGCCCGGGUACAGGUCUGGUUCCAGAACCGCAGAGCCAAGUGGCGGAAGCGCGAGCGUUAUGGGAAGAUCCAGGAGGGGCGGAACCCCUUCACAGCUGCCUAUGACAUCUCUGUGCUGCCCCGCACUGACAGCCACCCUCAGCUGCAGAACUCCCUGUGGGCCGGUCCAGGAUCUGGGAGCCCUGGGGGCCCCUGCCUUGUGUCUCCAGAGGGCAUCCCCUCCCCAUGCAUGUCUCCAUAUUCCCACCCCCAUGGGAGUGUGGCUGGCUUCAUGGGGGUGCCAGCCCCCUCUGCGGCUCACUCUGGCAUCUACUCCAUCCAUGGCUUUCCCCCCACCCUGGGGGGCCACAGCUUUGAGCCCUCCUCAGAUGGUGACUAUAAGUCUCCAAGCCUCGUCUCGCUCAGGGUAAAGCCCAAGGAGCCACCCAGCCUGCUGAACUGGACCACGUGAUCGGUCGUAUGGACCUGCAGAAUGAGCUGCCCACCUCCUUUUCCAUUCCCAGCCGCUCCCAGCUCACCCCUGCCUGAACACCAGGGAGGAAGCAUCUCUGCCUCCAAGCCCCAGAUGGUUCUGGAGGCCUGGGAGAGCAGCUGGCACUGUCAGCCCCCAGCAGGGAACAGGUUACAGGGUCUUUUCUCUUAGAAUAAGGUGGGGCUGCCUAGGAGAAGGGGCUUCAAAGCAGCCAGGACUCUUCCUGCCACAAACUGAGUCCCCUCACCUGAACUCUGGGCUGGAGGCAGGGAGACACUGCCCUGCUUCCCCCAGACUUUGUCCAAGUCCAUUGUCAUCUCUCCAGCUAAGACAGCUUACUUGGCUCAUCGUUCAAGGAACCCAGGAAAAUGGGAGGAGGAGGACGCCGAGUGGACUGAAGCUCUUCAUGAUGAGACGGAAACCAAAAGGGAGUCUCCCAUGAUGGGGUGGAGUCAGCCCUGCUUCCCCUCCCCACCAGCAGGGGGCGCGCUGGCAUCUGACACUAAGGAGGGUGUAAAGGCCAAGGUCAGCAUAGACUAAGGAACACUGGCUCCUCAGCUCCAGCCACCCUCACUCCUGCCCUGUGCCUGCACUCCCAGCAUGCCAUGCUCAUCUUCCCCUCCAAGGGGGCAGAAAUUCCACCAGAAAUCACCACAUAUUUGGAAUCUCUUCCAUAGGACCAGCCCAGAGCUACGCCAUGGAAAUGAUAUUGGAUGUUGGUCAGAAUAAAAUAGAUUUCCACAGACUGAGAUCCUGAUCCCCAUUUUUGUAGACACUUUUUUUUUUUUUUAAGGAGAGAAAAAAAAAAAGCUGCCCAGCAUUCUAAUAAAGGUGGUGGUGUUUUUUAUAUCAGGUGACUGUCUAUCCCCAGGGCUUGGCACUGGUUGCUUUGGGGCUGGUCUGUGUCCACGAUGCAGGCUGGCCACAACCCCUGAGGGGCUGGCGAGGAAGGGGAAGGUGGUCCUGCAGCAGAGCCCUCAAGGCGGAUGCAUGCCAGGCCGGGCUCUGUCACCUGCCUAGGGUCUCUGUGGCUUUGGCUGUGCUGGGAGGUAAGGAGAAAAGCUCAGCUCUAGGGCUGGGCUCAUGUGGCAGGGAAAACUGAGGGUUGGAAGGGCAGUAAAAAAGCUGAAAUAACUUUGUGGCUAAACUGACAAUGGACGGGAAGUGGAAUGGAAGAAAGGGGUGCCCACUGAGGUUCUGCGUUCCCCAUGGGCUGGGACCCCAGGGUGGUGGGAGUGGGGCUGCUUCCUUCCAGAUGCCCCAGGAACAUGUCUGAGCUGUGGGGCAGAGACAAAAGCCAGAACUCUUUCUUGUGGCUUCAGAGUAUUACCCAUUCUAUCCUUCAUCCUCACUUUCUGCCUUAUCUCCGAAGCCUGGAAGGCAGGAAAAAGGUCUGGCCCUCCCACCCUCCCAGUAAACACAACCACAUUGCUCAGAAGAAUUCAGCCUCAACCAGCAGCCCAGCCACCCCCACCCCACGCCUCAUCUUUCAGGCACAGAGAAACCCAAGCCCACAAAGACACGUCAGUGCUGAGCUGAUUCCAGAGGAGGGGGUGAGUCCCCCACCAGAACAGAUUUCCCAGCCAAGACAGUCGCACGUAUCCCCAGAGGAGUCUGUCUUCCCUCCCUUCCUUCCCCUUCCCUCCCUUCCUUCCCCUUCCCUCUAUACAAGGGUCUGGCUUUUGGUGAUUUCUUUCCUCUCCGUCCUGACGCUGGCUCUGAGGUCCACAGGUGUGAGCCCUGUAUCCAGGAGGGGACCCAGCAGAAAGAGGAGAGUCAGGGUAGGAAGGAGAGACAUCCCUGGCUGCCACUGAUGAACAGAAUCUCCUUCACCUGGCCAGGCAGUAAUGAAAUAGGGGCUCAAGCCAACCAUUCUGACUCCAGGGCUCACACCACUGUAUGAGAAGUUUCUUCAUCCAAGGAGUGAUCAGCAAAGUUUUGGACCUUCUUCCCCACCAAGUCAGAAAGAUAUAUAGAGAGAGUAGUUUGUUCUACAAACAUUUUUGAGUGCCAACUCAGCCUGGCAAUGUGCUGGGUGCCAGAGAUACAGUGAUAGUUGAGGAAAAAUAUGAUUCUUCUCUCUUGAGAGGGCUUAGAAAGAUGAAAGGAGGGAAGAGGAAAGGAUCUGUGAUAAACCCAAACAAAGAAACCAGAAGUGGGAAGAGACAGGAGAAAAAAUAAAGGUGAGCCAGAGGUCAAUGAAGCAAGAGUGGGAGAGGCUGGCAGAGGCUGGCAGAGGCCAGGAGGGGACCCAUGGCGGAGUGGGGGGCUCCUAGGGGAGGGCACAGGGAGGCCAGAGACUGGCUACUGGCUCUCAUCCAGGGGCAUCUGCCCACAGCUCAUAUUUUUCUGUCCAGUGACAGCUAAAUGAAGAGAAAGCUAACUUUACAACCGCCCACUUCACAUAUAAUGAAUAUGAAUGGGCAUCCCGGAGCCUGUUCUGUGGGAUUGUCUGUGAGGUGACAGGUCCUCCUACUCACUGGGCCAUCCCAGCCAGCCUGUCCCCUGGCUGGGGCAUGAGCAGCCCUUCCACCUGCUUCUCAUUAGCUGUGUCCCUCCUCCUCCCACACACCCCUAAGACACAGCCCCGUCUCCAGAUACCCCUGCCCCCAGCCUCACUCCAGAGGUAACCUCAGACCUCCGCCCAGGCCAGUGGUUCCUCAAGGCCAGGCCUGUGCUCUGGCCACCCCUUCUGGGAAGGGAAAGGGGAAGUGGCCCCUCCUGAUAUCCCAGCUGCUUUUGCUGAGGUUCCUGUCUCCCCCAGAGAAGAUGCCAGAGCCCUAAAUCUUGGUCCUGGCAGAAACAUGGACACCAGGUCAGGACUGGAGGGCCACAGCCAGGGGGCCCAUCA